UCAUUUGUUCUAUCUCAUCCAUAUAACCGUACUCUCAUCAGUAUCAGCCCGUCCUCAAUAUCGUCCUAUUCUAUUCUACACACCUGAAUCAGCAUCUAUCAGCCCCUGCAAGCGAAGCAGCACGAGACCUCGUACCUGAACCAAACCUUCGAACCUGCAUCGCGACCAUCAUCACCUGCUGAAGAUCAUAUAUUUAUCCCGACAUCCUUGCUACAACAUGCAGCUUCCCUUUGUCAAUCUCUUCUUGAUCACCUCUACCCUCUCCUGCUUGGCCCGAACGGAUACUGUUACAGAUGCAAUUCAGCUGCAGAAUCUCGCUUCCAGUACCGCGGACACCAUUUUCGCUUCGUUGAAUGGAACGGCUUAUCUCAAUACGUCGAAUCUCGUCUUGCGGGUGUCUGCAGCUGUUCAAGGAGCCGAUUCGAUGAUGAUGGCCAACGUUUCCUCGCCAGGCAUCGCAAACGUCAGCUUCAACGAUGCGUACUUCAACUAUGCCGAUGCAAUGCUCUAUCUCGCCAAUACAGUUCAACGUCGUGGCCUGCUCUUUCAUUCUGAGCUGAACCUUCCAGUCUACCAAGCCCUUCAAGGUCUAUCUUCUGCUGUUUCUGCUUACGGUCAUGACCUCACGGCUCAGAGAUUGGUUCAGCGAAACAGUACCGUCCGCACCUUGACGAUCGGCAGUGCUAUUGUCAGAGCACAAACUGCAUGGUCCAAUAACGUCAACUAUCCGGGCAAGAGAGAGAUCAUGAACUGGUCAGGUUAAGAUGAUAUUUCCCACUACGACUGUUCAUGUACAUAGAAGUUAGUCAAGUAGCGUACUGCCUCAAUUCAAGAUCCUUG